AUGGCUAUCAACUUAAAAUUUCUAUCAUUAACUAUUAAGUGAAAUAUUAGUGUCUAGUGUAAAUAAUAGUUUUAAAAGAUAUCAUUACUAUUACAAUAGGAAAUUCAUAAAUUCAAUUGAGUUUAUCGACUACAACGAAAGUAUAUUGAUAUUGAUUUUCUACAAAUACAAGAUUAUACAAUAUGUCUGCUCCAACUACUGAUAGUACAGAAGCUAUUACAAAUUCUGGAUAUGGAAGCAGCGAUGAGACUGCCAGUCUCAUAGUAUCAGGGCCAUCAGUGACGGUUAUUGUGCCAUCUGAGAAUCGGAGCGUUAAACCAGUAUUACAAAGACAAGACUGUACUACUCAUUUACGGCCUCAACUUUCGGGCGGCCCUGGCAGUGAAGAAAGUGCUGCUUCUAUUAGAUUAGAAGAUGCUGCCGCAAGAAGUGUUCCUGACAUAGAACUUCAGUGUCGAGAUCAAUCCGAUCGCCCACAGACACUUGUAUCGCCGAUCGCUACAUGCUCUCACAGGGGGUCAGUGACCGCCUGUCAAUUAGUUCCACACACGUAUUCUAGAUGUCGCGUUUGCGAACGAAGGCAGUCUACAGCGCCCAUAUCGGCGUUACAACUAGCGCGAUCUGUUUCACGGGAAAGUGUUCGCUCAGCCGUUCACUACACUUGCGGUUGUAGUUCACUUCAUGCUGUUAGCACUUGCCCUGUGAUACAACCCCCAGCUUUAUUACUACCAGCAACAAGUACUAGAAUUAUCCGACAGAGUUCGCAACCGGAGUCUAACGCAUGCGCUGCUCAUUGCCCUCAUCACGCCCACCAUCACCCCAGCGCCUCGCUGCGUCAAUUGAGAGAACCAGGCGAUGGCAUAGCGGGCAUCGCAGCAGACUCCCUUCGCAUAAAUGGAGGGAUGCGGCCUUUCAAACAGCUGCGCAAGCCGGUGUCGACACUGUCGAUUCCCGGCGCGAUGAAGGCGUACUCCGGGGGCGGGAGGGACGCUGCUACGGAAGAAGCGGGCGUCGCGCUCGUCGGCGUGCACAGCGAGUAUCCACGCUUCGGGGAAGAGAGGGCGCUCGGCGGCGGCACGUACAAAGGCGGAGGGGCAGCUAAGCACAAACCCAAUAUAGGAUAUAGAUUAGGUAGAAGAAAGGCGUUAUUUGAAAAAAGAAAACGAAUAAGUGACUACGCUUUAGUAAUGGGAAUGUUUGGUAUAAUAAUAAUGGUUAUAGAAAACGAACUUUCAAGUGCUGGUGUAUACACCAAGGCAUCUAUAUAUUCGCAGGCGUUAAAGACGCUUAUAUCAAUGUCGACUGUGAUUUUACUUGGCCUAAUCGUCGCUUAUCAUGCUUUAGAAGUACAGUUAUUUAUGAUAGACAACUGCGCGGAUGACUGGAGGAUAGCAAUGACGUGGCAGCGGAUAGCUCAAAUUGCACUAGAACUUGCCAUCUGUGCGGUCCAUCCUAUCCCCGGGCAGUACACCUUCACUUGGACCACAAAAUUAGCCAACAAGGGUGGUGUUAUAGGGGUAGAAGUUGUUCCGUACGACGUUACGCUCUCUCUGCCGAUGUUCUUUCGACUUUAUCUUAUAUGCAGGGUUAUGCUACUCCACAGUAAACUAUUUACAGAUGCUUCUUCCAGAAGUAUAGGAGCUUUAAACAGAAUUAAUUUUAAUACUAGAUUUGUCUUAAAAACGCUCAUGACGAUUUGCCCUGGCACCGUGUUACUUGUUUUUAUGGUGUCUUUAUGGAUAAUCGCUAGCUGGACGUUAAGACAGUGUGAAAGGUUUCACGAUGAAGAACACGCUAACCUACUGAAUGCAAUGUGGCUUAUUGCAAUUACGUUUCUCUCCGUCGGUUUUGGUGACAUUGUGCCAAACACAUAUUGUGGCAGAGGUAUUGCUGUUAGCACCGGCAUAAUGGGGGCGGGAUGUACAGCCUUAUUAGUGACCGUUGCUUCGAGAAAAUUAGAGUUGACUAGAGCGGAGAAACAUGUCCAUAACUUCAUGAUGGAAACACAACUCACAAAAAAGCUGAAAAAUGCUGCGGCUAAUGUACUGCGAGAAACGUGGUUAAUAUAUAAACAUACAAGAUUAGUGAAAAGGGUUCAUCCCGGACGUGUUAGGACACAUCAAAGAAAAUUCUUAUUAGCCAUUUAUGCAUUACGGAAGGUAAAAAUGGAUCAAAGAAAAUUAAUGGAUAAUGCUAAUACUAUUACAGAUAUGGCAAAGAACCCCAUUUUAUUCCAGACCCAGAACACGGUGUACGAGAUCGUGUCAGACAUGAGUACGAGGCAGGACACCAUAGAGGAGAGGUUGACUAGUUUAGAAGAAAAACUUUCAUCUUUACAAGAACAAGUAAAUACGUUACCAGAUGUAGUGGCCCGGUGUCUACAGCAGUGUUGGGAACGCGCUGAGCAGAGAAGAAACUUUCUUCAUCCUGACACAGCUGCAGUGCCUACACCGCCUUCAUCCUCAAUAGCUCCUUACUCUAGAACGAUGGCAUCGUCAUCACAUCCUUGGCCACCAAGUCCGGUACUCCAAUCAGCUACGCGGACACAUUCGGCUCCCGAAAGUACAACAGUGCAUACGCCGUCAACAGCACAGCCACAGCCAUCUAGCCCAGCUCCUCACGCGUCUCGGCCUCCUCUACCUAGCUGAGUACCGCCUUCCAACUCCGAACUCCUGUGCUGAACUCGACGAAACUCGGCGCCCGUCCUCUGACCCCCCCUUUAUCACGACUACGCCCCAAUUAGGCUGCCGGUAAAAUUAUUUCACUAUAAAGCAGAUGCAAAUCUCUCGAAUGAUUAAUACUAAGUUACUAUCGAAUUUACUAAUAAUUAGCUGACCGAUAUUAGAACCGCUCUAAACGAUUAUUCAAUGAUCGAUAAAUUCCAAAUAUUCCAUGCAAUAAAUAUAUUUGUUUCUAUUAAAUUAUUUGAUAUCGAGCGGUUCUGGUAUCUUUAUCAAACGAUGCCAACAAUUUUUAGUUACGAAAGUUGUUAGAGUGAAUGAGGAAAGUGAAAUGAUUUUUCCGAUAUGCCGAAGGACCACGCCGCGGAGCGAGACAAGGUCAGCCGUAGUUUUCUUCGCUGUUCCCCAGUUUCGGAUGUGCCAGACUGUUCUCUAGUGAUAUUGUUUAGAUAGUGAAUGAAAUGCGGCGGAAUGGACUUGCUGUUGUGAUUAUACAAAAUGCUUUAUUGAUAGAUGCUUUAGGUAAUUCGUUAGAUCAUAUUUUGAAUACAUUAUCAGCAUUAGUGUAGUUAGAUGAGCAUAACACGUCUGAUCACGUUUUAUCUGAAAUUCAAGGAACCAAUAGGUACACUGUUUUAUAUAAACUUCGUGUGGUUUUACUAAUGUUUAUUCAAAAUAAAUAAAUUUACCAGUUAUUCUGUUGCUUAGUUAUCUAUACAAAAGUAAGACAAUUUCGUUAUAUAAAUCCUUUUUUUCAUAGAUUUCGUGAUGUUACAGAAAUAGAACAUAGUUCGAACAAAACUAUAUAGUUUCUAGAAAUUUGAAAUAGUUUUUUUCUUAGAAGUAAAUUUAUUACCAAGUAACUGAAUAAAGUCGCAAACACCAAAUGCAUUUAUUACAAUAAUAAGUCCACCUUUUAUAAAACGAAACCAUCUGAUAAUUUCUAACGUUGUUAGUGAUAUCGAAAUAUUAUUCAAAAGGUUACAUCGAUCUAUACGAACUAUAUAGAUUACAUACCUGAAAAUAUUAUGUUUACAAAUUGAACCAAUAACGCUACAUCUUAGUGAAUUUUGAUUACCAUACAAAAUUGGUGAAAGUAUAUAUGAAGAAUUAGGAUUUGAUUUUAUGACACACAUUGUAUGAAUAUGUAUACACUUUGUUUAGAAUAUAGAUAAUAAUUAAAUUGUUACUACCUGCCUAUUGACAUGUAGAUGUAAACAUUUUAUAAGACUAGACUAAGUAAAGCUUUGUAUAAGACAUAAGAUUGAUGGCUGUCUAAAUAGUGCCUAAAACACUACGAAAAAUUUCGAUAAUUCAGUUUUAUUAUCCUAAUAACUUAUGAAAAUGUAAAUAGUUAAAAUAAAAUUUGAGAGCAUAAUAUUUAGUAAAUAUCUGAAUUUUGUAGUUGUACGGGAACGUAUGAUGGGAUCAAUUUAUUUGUAUAUUUUUAUUUUAAUUGUGUCUUUUAUUUAUUGUGGAUGAACUCGUUGAGGUUUCUACUGCACUGUGUUAAUCUGCGAUAAUUAGAUGAUAAUUAUCUAGUUAUUAUAAUGCAGAAUGUACGUAUGGGCAUUAUGACAUCUUUUGUACUUGGCCCAGAAUAAAGCACCAGUCGCCUUCCUAAAUAUAAUGAACAAUAUGAAUAUGAAGACGCAGCCGUUUCAUAAAUGGCUAUAAUUUGUAAUCCGCGAAGACAUUAUCAAUAUUUAAAACCGAAAUAAUGUGCAUAGUUUAAAUAAAAUCUUUUAUUGCUUUAAUGAUAACAAAUAUCCCUACAUUAAAAAACUACAUAAAGUACUUAAAAUUAUUGUAAUAAACUAAAUUAAAUCGAGAUCAUGCUAAUAAUUAUGUGUCAUUGGAUGUGUUAUUUUAUUCUAUUCCUAUUUGAUAGACGUUGUUGCAAUUAUAUGGAAGGACAAACAUGCACGAAAUUAAUCAAAGGCAUGAUAAUUGCAAGAAAAAUAUGUUUAUAUUAAAAAAUAUCAAGUUAGGUACGAAAGACCUGUCGUCUUCAUAUUUAUAAUUUAAAUAGGAUCA